AUGGUGAACAACCCGAUGCAAGCAGGCAUCCAGCCCGGGCCAAACACCUCCUUUGCACCUGGCAGCAGCGAUGCUUAUGCGAGGCAAGCCUGCGGCGGUGUUGAAUUGCCGAAGACCGGCAGUGGCCCUUUUCCAGCGAACGGGGCGAGCAUGUUGAACAACCCGAUGCAAGCAGGCAUCCAGCCCGGGCCGAACACCUACUUUGCACCCGGCAGCAGCGAUGCUUACGCGAGGCCAGCCGGGGCCUGUGGUGUGGGCGUCGCGCUUCCGGGCGCUGCUCCUGGUCAUGCUGGCCCGGGAACGGUGCCAACUGCAGGUUGCCCAUCGACCUGUGCUGGCGCUGACAGGAGUGCUGUAGAGCAUUCGACCAGGGCCCAGCCAAGCACAGCCCAGCCGGCAGGGCCCCAACCGAAAGCUUCCAAUCCUGCAAGGCAGAUUUACACUGGGGUCCAUGUUCAGCUGGAGCUCUGUCCUCUCUGGUCAUCGUUGCUCUUUGUGGCCAAGUGUCCACGCUGGCCGCCCGCCCUCCUAGCCGAGGUCAAGUCUUGGCCCAGUGCCCAGAAAAGAGAGGGCGAGAAGGGCGAGGAGGAGGUCUCCUUCAGUGGUGCCCACUACAAGAGCACCCUGGAGCGAUUCGAGGUGCAGCGCAAGGAUUGGGCCGGUGCACUUCAGAGGCUGGCAGAGAUGUGGGACUUCAACCUCUCGCCGAGUGCUAUUGCCUACACGCAAUGCAUCAGCUGCUGUGCAAAAGCAGGCAAGCUGACGAUGGCUCUUGAUCUUCUGCGUGAGUUGCGGGCGACACCUGGGGUCGAAACAGAUGUCGUGGCUGUGAAUGCCGGUCUGAGCGCCUGCGCACUGCGGGGUGCCUGGCGAGAAGCGUUCCACUUGGCAAGAACGGUACGCUGCAUGACUUUGCUGCCCUCUGUGGUGACCUGGUCGUCCACGAUCAGCGCCUGCGAGAAAGGUAGCAACAAUUGGCCUGCAGUCUUCAACAUCUUCAACGUCAUGCGCGAAUGCAUCAUCCGCCCCAACACCAUCACCUUGAACGCCGGAAUCUCCUCAUGUCGAAACUGUUGGUCGCAAGCGCUCUCCUUGGCAGCCACGGAAGGGCCCUUGGCCGCAGAGACGCAAAGAGACCUCCUCAGUUACUCGGCGGCCAUCUCCGGCUGUGAGCGUGGGAGCCAGUGGUCUCAGGCUCUCAUGCUUUUGCAAGCCGUCUCGAAGAGGAGCUUGCGAAGAGACGUUCCGUUCUUCUCGUCGGCGGUCAGUGCCUGUGAGAAGGGCAUGCAGUGGUUGACAACUCUCCAGCUUCUCGACAUUCUAGAGGCACAGCAGCUGGUUCCAGACGUCGUGGUGAUCGGUGCUUGUCAGAGCCAAUAUUUGUGGACCUCGGCUCUCCAGCUGCUCCAGGAGCUCCCCGGCCGCUCCCUGGUUCCCAGCCUGGUCUUCUGCAACGCAGCGCUGAGCGCCUGCGCCCCUCGCUGGUGCUGGGCUCUGCAGGUCCUUUCGGCUCUGGGCGCAUGCGCUCAUCAGCCCGAUCAGCACACUUUCGUGGCGGCCAUUGAUGCCUGCGAACGCGGAGGACACUGGCAGCUGGCCUUGGACCUGCUGCAACGUAUGGUCAGUUCACGCUUGGAGCUGAAUGCCUAUCCCUUCAAUGGGGUGUCUUCUGCUCUUUGCGCCUCCGGUCGCUGGGAGCUUGCCCUGGAGCUGAUCUCGUUGAUGUUAAGGCAGGCACUCCGAACAACUCAUGUUCAACAUGCGCUUUCUUCGAAGGGACUGCAGCUCUCGGCCCUUCCAUCCUGGGCAUGUGCUGUGGUGGGCUUCGAGAAGCCUGGCGCGCCUGUGUGUGGUGGGCUCUCAGCCUGCGAAGCACGUGCCAAGGUGGCGGGGUUCCUGGAGUCUCUGCCGCAGGGCUCCGCCGUGCUCCCGUACCAACGCGAGUCGGUGGAGUUCGGCCUGCAACGUGGCGGCCGCGUCUUGCUGGGGGAUGAGAUGGGCCUCGGGAAGACGUUGCAGGCUUUGCUCCUGGCGGCCCAGUACGAGGCCGAGUGGCCAUUACUGGUGGUGGCUCCGUCCUCCUUGCGCUUCGUUUGGCGUGAGCAGGCCGCGCAGUGGCUGCCCCAUCUUGUGGGUGCAGACGGCGGCCAAGUGCAGGUGAUCAGGACCGGCAAGGACAAAGUCAAUAAGUGUGCUCGUGUAGUUGUCACAACUUACGAUCUGCUGCGGCGGAGCGAGUCCUUGCGACGCCGUGCCGAUGGCCGUGACUAUCUUGCAGUCAUCGUGGACGAGUCUCAAAACAUCAAGGAAGGAGGCAGCCAAAGAACAAAAGUUGUGGUCGGGAUUUGCAAGGCAGCACGGCGUGUUCUGCUGUUAAGCGGCACACCUGCUGUGAAUCGAGCGGCCGAGCUCUACACGCAGCUCGAGGCGCUUCUCCCUGCAGAGAUGCCCAGUUUUGCGCAGUUUGCAGAGCGCUUCUGCUACAAGCAGACGCAGAACUUCGGCGGGCGCAGACAGGUCAAGUGGAUCGGAGUGCAGCGUCCAGCGGAGUUGCAUUGUCUGCUGAACACUGUGAUGAAGAGGCGCCUGAAGAAUCAGGUUCUGCAGCAGCUUCCAGAGAAACGGCGCAUGCGAGUGCCCUUGGACCCUGAGAAGAUGAGCCAGGAGAAGCUUCGCGAUGUGGAAAGGCGAACUCGACAAAUGGGAAGCGUCGACUUCAGCUCGGGGAAGGCUUUGGGAGACACUGCGCAGCUCUUCCGAGACACCGCCGAGGCCAAAUUGGCGGCGGUCCUCGACUACGUUGAACACUUGCUGAGCCUGGAGACGAAAUUCCUGAUCUUCGGUCACCAUCGUCUGGUACUGGAUGCGCUUGAAGAAAAGCUGCAGCGGGCAAAAUUCGGGUACAUCAGAAUUGAUGGCCACACGGGUGCGGCGGAACGGCCAAAGCUCGUCAGCCGAUUCCAGGAGGAUGAGUCUGUCCGUGUUGCAGUGCUGAGCAUCACUGCGGCGGGAACUGGGCUGACACUUACGGCCGCACAAACCGUCGUCUUCGCCGAGCUCUACUGGGUACCUGGGCAGAUGCAGCAAGCGGAAGAUCGAGCGCAUCGGAUCGGCCAGCGGGACUGCGUCUCUGUCCACUACCUCAUUGCGAAGGAUACACUGGACGAAGUUCUCUACAGAACUCUGGAGAAGAAAACCGUCAGCACCACCAGAAUUUUGAAUGGGCAUGGUUCUGGCCUGGACAUGCUGCAGCAUUCGCCGGAAUGCGAUGGCAGCUUAAAGCGCAAGGCGGACAGCAAUCCGGAUACAGCAAAAACAGAACAGCCGGAGAAGUGCCGACGCAGCGAUGCUCUUCACACUCCCGGCUGCUGA